AUGUUGGGUGAUGACGACAUGCGAGUUAUAUUUCACAGUCAAGCAAGAUUUCCCGACCUAGGCGCGCUGGAGUUGUUUGCCAGAAUGGUUGAUGUGGAGGGUAGCAGUGGGGGAUCUGCUCCGACUCCGCCCACUAGUGUCAUGGAAGGGAGUUCCACCGCCAUUCCAACAGGGCAACUGGUAACUCCCUUUGUCUCGUCCCCAUCUUUUGCUGCUGAUUUGCCUGUCCCAGGUGAUGACUUGGGUGAUGGGCGUAGCUUUGGACAGCUUGCAGCUGUGAUGGGAUCUGUACAUGUAGUGGAUGGUGCACCCGUAUUCAUGGAGAUAAGAGAGAGAGAUCCGUUUGCGGAGGCUAUAGGUGAUGAUGGGUCAGAUUCGGAGCCACCAAUUAUUGGUGAUGAGAGCGACGGCGAGGAGGAAACUGUUGUUGCCGAGGGAGCUCAAACCCAUGCUAGCAGUCAAACACAGCAGUACCCUCGACACUUUUCCACAUUGGAUCUUGAAGCAAUGAACCAGGCCGCAAAUGUAGAUCAGCAACACCCUAUUAUUCAUAAAGACAGGCCUAGCAUGAUUGGCACGGACGAGUUUGAGGUCGGACAACAGUUUGAAACAAAAGACGAGGCUGUACUGACAAUCAAGAGUUAUAAUAUUUGUCGUGGUGUAGAAUAUAAAGUGUUUGAGUCUGACCAAUUUAAGUAUCAUGGGAAGUGUGUCCAGUUCAGGAAUGGUUGUAACUGGCUAAUACGUGUCACUAUGAGGCAGAGGAAAGGCUAUUGGGAAGUCAGAAAGUACAAGGGACCACACACAUGUCUAGCAACUGAGAUAUCGAAGGAUCACAGGUAG